AUGCCUUGUGACAAGAUCAGCGACAGCAACACCAGAGAGACCCUAAAUGAAACAACGAGCGGCCCUGUAGCUCCAAGCAACACCCCCGGGCCCUACGUCGAGGGAAUGGUGUUGGAUCUGACGAUCAACUGGACACGUGAUACGCCCUCCGAGGAGCGAGUGCACUUGACUGUCACCAAGGUCUUUGAUGUCACCAUGUCGCCUGCAAUGGAGGUAAAGUGGGUGUCAAGCACCAGGGAGACACGGACAGCUGUCCUCAAGCUUUUCGAUCGGCGCUAUGGGGAGCAGUCUCGCGGGAGCUCGUCUGCAUACCACAGCCCCAGCGUCGAGGCUUGUUGGCAGAGAUACGUGCAGUCCGGGCAAGCACCUAGCCUCUUCAGGUACAUUGAGGAAAUGGACAUGGAGGAGGGAGAGGGCGUAUGGGAUUUUUUCCCUUUCGAGGACGAUGAGGACACCGCCGAUACAUGGGAGACGACCGCAAAGAAAGAGGGCAGGCUUCAGUACCGCGCCCUCCAGCGUUGGAGGUCUGAAAUACGAGCAUAUGAGCACCUCGAGAAGCUCCAAGGGAAGUGCGUGCCACUUUUCUACGGAACGACAUCUUUCUCCCUUGACCCAUCGCGGUCAGACACCGACUUUUUCCGAGUCGGCGGCAUCCUUGUUCAGCGCAUCGAUGGCUUCAUACUGGACAGCCUGUUAGACAUGACGGAGGCGUCACCCGAUACUGAUUGGCAAGGGCUGGUUCAAAGUGCGGUUGAGGUCGCCGAAGAGGUCAACAAAUGCGGCGUUAUGAACUGGGAUUGCAAACCACGCAACAUGAUCGUCCAAAUGCCCUCCCUGCAGCCAUUUGAGAUAGACUUCGCCCAGUGUUCCUUCAGGGAGGAGUACGCCAGCGAGGAUGAGUACAAUGAAGCUGUCAGGACGUGCGGCAACCCCGUGGGCUUCGGAGGCGUUGUGGCCACGAGACUGAACAGAGUUCUGAGACUUGGGAUCAAGAUCAAGUAUGGUCCGUGGCUUGGAGAUGUGAUCGAGCAUUGA